GGGUAAAAGCUGAUUCCAGCAAGAGUUGACUUUUGUUCAAAACAUGUCAACGUGGCAAACUAAAUUCUUGAUUCUUGCUCYUUGAUCUUGCUCUGCUUCACUAACYUCUYAACAUGAUGUAUAACUUGGCUUUGAAUGUGAAAUCUGCUAUUUUUAUCCUGCUUGUUUCAACAUGCACGUGUGAGGAAUCCCAGACAGAGACAACAAAUGUUGAAGACACCACAACUUCUCCAGUUKCUCAAGGUGGCUUUUGGUUAACCAAUUUGCUAUGGAACGUCCUGGGAUAUGCUACUUUGUGCGUUCCCUUUGCUAUAAUGAUAAGAAUGGUUAAAAACUCGAAUUUCAAGGAAAGAGGAGCUGAUGGAUGCCUUUCAAAAGCUGUUCAUUAUUUUGUUUUUGGUUCACCUGAGGAUCCACUCAGAAAAGCAGAAGAAGGAGGCAAGACAGAGAACGUUGUCAUAGAAACAUCCUUUAAGAAAAAGGCAAUACAAUUGAUUGUAUGUGUAGUGGGUUUACAGUGUUCGUAUGUGUUAUGGGGGGUGCUACAAGAGCGAAUCAUGACAAGGACAUACAUAAAAACACUCCCUGAUGGCUCAACCACACAAGCCAAGUUCAAGAAUUCUCAAUUCCUGGUUUUCAUGAAUCGUAUACUUGCAAUGUGUUUUGCUGGUGUAUAUGUACUUGGAACAAGACAACCAAGCCACAAGGCACCUAUUUACAAAUAUUCCUACUCCUCUUUGUCAAACAUUCUCAGUAGCUGGUGUCAGUAYGAGGCCCUAAAGUUUGUCAGCUUUCCAACUCAAGUACUUGUCAAAGCCUCCAAAAUAAUCCCAGUGAUGUUAAUGGGGAAGCUUGUGUCCAAGAAGACUUAUCCAUACUAUGAAUACUUCACUGCUGUCAUGCUGUCGGCUGGGGUUAGCUUCUUCUUGCUUUCAGCUGGAACACCAAAAAAGUCUGCUGUAGAGACGACACUGUCUGGUGCAAUCAUAAUGCUUGGUUAUAUGAUGUUUGAUAGCUUCACAUCAAACUGGCAGUCUGAAAUGUUUAAAACAUACAAAAUGUCUUCUGUACAGAUGAUGUUUGGAGCCAACUUUUUCUCCAGUUUGUUCACAUUCUGGUCAUUGGCUCAAACUGGAACUCUGUUCUCUUCAUUGCUCUUUGYUUACAGCCAACCAACGUUUGCUUUUCAUAUAUGUGUUUUGUCGCUCUGUUCAGCAACCGGUCAGUUGUUUAUCUUUUAUACAAUACAAACAUUUGGUCCUGUCAUCUUCACUAUGAUUAUGACAACCCGAAUGAUGAUAAGCAUUGUGCUAUCAUGUAUUCUCUACCAACAUCCACUUUCUGCUCAGGCUAUUUUUGGAGUCAUAGUAGUAUUUACUGCUUUGUUUUUGCGUAUUUAUGCACGUUAUCGCACUAAAAAUGCUGGCAAGUAGUAAUAUUCAUUAACUUAGACAAUUUAAUCUAGCCAACCAUUUUUGCCUUUGCUUUUUAAAGUGCAUUUUUUCAAAUAUUUAGCGAUAGAGAUAUAUACUGUAAACCAAAGUUAUAUAUAAUGUCAURAUAUAUGGUAUAAAAUAUCAAAUAUUAUUUAGAUCUUUUUAGCCCUAGCUGGCUGAUGUCCAGGUGGAUWCAUUGUAGGGAAAAUAUUUUUAUACUUUUCCAAGCAACUUUACUUUACGUAAUAUUUUUGCRAAAUUGCCAAUAUUGAACCCAGCCUCUUCAUAGCUAAAUGUCAGAAUUCUGCUGAUGCUUGAAAGAAUCUGGGGGAACCAAACCAAAAAAUUUGUGAUUUUUUCUGUCACAAAUUAGUAUGUAUAAAUUAGGUAAAUUUUGUUUCUCAAUUAAGAUCAUGGAUAAAAUGAUCAAAAAGGAAGAGGUUAAGCAAAGAAUUGAAAUUUAUAAAAUUAAGCUUGAAAGCACUCUCUACUUAAAAACAACAUGCACUCAAGACUUUUUAUUCAAUGACAAAAGGAGAAAUAGCAAAAUCCCCCAGACUCUUGCACAUGUUCAUGUUCCACUGGAUGGCAAAACACUCACUCUGUAAACUUUGACUUGUCUUUAUUUUCUGUAUUUUGAACAGAAUUGUAUAUAYGUAUACUACAUGUACUGUGAUAUUGGAUGUAGUUUUACAGAAAAAAGAUGGAUGAACAGAGAAUAUUAAUAUAAAAGGCAUUUAAAAUGUUAAGUAGGGAAAGUAUGGAAUUUAAUAGUAAAAAUAAAAAACUUGUUAGUCAUGUUAUAGUGACUUAAUUA